CGAAAACCGCCGGCCCGGCUCGGGGCCCUCCCGGAGCAUCUCAGCAGCCGCCGCCCCGGCGGAGCCGCCUCCGCCGUGAGCCCCCGGGCCCCGGUGCGGCCCCCGGCGCCCCGCCCUGCCGCCGCCGCCCGCUCCGCACAAUGGGGGCGGCGCGGCGCGGCGCGUAGCGGCGGGCGGGGAGGCGGCGGCGGCGGCGGGCGGGGAGGAAGAGGAGGAGGAGGAGGAGGAGAAGGCGGCGGCGGGGGGGUCCCGGGGCCCGGCAUGGUGCAGCAGCGCGGGGCGCGGGGCCGGGGCGCGGAGGCUCGGCGGGAGCCCUGCGCCCCGCUGCCCUCCCGCGAUGCCGAACCCGCGUGGUGCAAGACCCCGAGCGGGCACAUCAAGCGGCCGAUGAACGCCUUCAUGGUGUGGUCCCAGCACGAGCGCCGCAAGAUCAUGGACCAGUGGCCCGACAUGCACAACGCCGAGAUCUCCAAGCGCCUCGGCCGGCGCUGGCAGCUCCUGCACGACUCCGAGAAGAUCCCCUUUGUGAAGGAGGCCGAGCGCCUGCGCCUCAAGCACAUGGCCGAUUACCCCGACUACAAGUACCGCCCGCGGAAAAAGGGCAAAGUGGGCACCGGCGCGUCCCGCCCGCGGCUCCCGGUGAAGAUCAAGCCCUCGGUGCUGGGCCGCGUCUCCGCCGGCCGCAGGCAGCCCAGCAAGCCCGCGGUGGAGCCACCGGAGCCCGCACCGGAGCUGCCCCCCGAGGACAGCCCCGCGGCACCCGGCGCCCAGGAGCCCCCCGCGCCCCCCAGCCCCGCGCCGGGGAGCUCCCCGCAGAGCGGGUCCCCCUCUCCUAUGUCGGCCGCGUCCCCUCCCUCCUCCUUCAGCUCCUCCGAUGAGGAGCCGGAGGAGGAGGAGGAGGAGGAGGCGCUGGGGGUCGUGCCGGGGCGGGCUCCUCCCGGUGCCACCGGCGCUGCCCUGGACUGGUCCGUCCUGGACAAGGACCACGACCUCUUCCCGCGGGGAGGCUCCUCGCACUUCGAGUUCCCGGACUAUUGCACGCCCGAGGUGACGGAGAUGAUAGCGGGGGACUGGCUCAUGUCCAGCAUCUCGGACUUGGUCUUUACCUACUGAGUCCCGCGCUCUGCAGGAAUCAGGGAUUUUGCCUUGAAGGCGCUGGAAGGCAGAGCUCCCGCUCACCCACCCCCAGCACACACCCGCUCCUCAUCUGCCCGUCCAGCCCGGGCGUGUGGCUGCUCACCUCUCAUCGGGGUUCCAUUGCCAGGGCCCGGCCCCUUCCCAUGGCUGCUCCCAUCCCCAGUAGCCAUUCCCUCCCACUCUCCAGCAGCCGGAGCGCCCACACCGGCCCUCGGCGCCCAUCCCAUCCUCCCCAUCCCUUGGGGAAUGGCCGAUUCCGUCUGCUUUUUGACCACGUUUCAAGCACGGCUUCAAUUUCCUCCUCCCUGACGCAGCCCCCGGGGAUGGAUGGAUGGAGGCAGAGCCCCACCGAACCCUCCCUGCCCGGCACCCCAUUCCCUGGGCGUCCCCGGCUGUGGGGGUUCCGUAUCCCACGGGAUCGCACGCUCCCGGCCGCUCGCUUUGGGAAGAGCGAAGUUGGGCGCACGUGAUGCGCACGUGGUGCGGGAGGUUGUGUUGUUCCUCUCGCCGGGCGGUUGUGCGGAGGAGGCUGUGCCCGGAGCCACCCUGAAUUCCAGCUGGAACCAGCCCUUCCUAAGGCAGCCAGCCCCCAUUCCGGCCUCGGAGCCGAUGCCCAUGCAGGACACGCUCCGCUCUGGCUCGCUUUGGCCGGUGGAGCGAGUCCCACUGUGCUCGGCUGCAGCGAGCGAUGGUGCCAACGUGGCAGAGGGAAUGCUGCUGGAAUUCUGCCUUAAGCCACCACCCGAACAGGGCCCAGAGCAGCAGCAGCCGAUGCCAGUGCCGUGGGUGAUGCUCCAGCAUGGGGCUUCCUCCACAUGGCACCACGAGAGCAAAGGCAUCC